AUGAGGGCCGACUCCAGGCUCGGGGUGGAGGAGGACCACCGGCGUCCUCCACGAGCCCUUCCACCUGUGCCAAGCCUUUUCUGGUGUUCUUUCUCUUUUAUAGAUGAUAUUCCAGUUAGUCGUCCUAAGAAAAAGAAGCCCAGAACGAAAACCCCGCUUGCCAGUGCUGCUUCGGAAGGUCUUGUUCAGACUGCUGCUCACAGGCCACCUGAGGGCAGCGAGCCACCAGCCCAAGACCCCACAGAACGCCAAGAAGCUCCUGCUCAGCGGAGGCAGAAGACGAGGCUACCUCUUGAAUUGGAGACUGCCUUUACCCAGAAGAAGACAGCUAGUCCAUCUUUAUUACCAAAUGAAAAUGGUAUCAAUGUGGAGCCAGAUGAGGAGCCAGUUAUUCAGAAACCUCGAAGAAAGACGAAGAAAACCCAGCCAGUGGAAUUACAUUAUGCCAAUGAACUAGGAGUUGAAGAUGAAGACAUAAUUACUGACGAGCAAAGUAGUCCAGAACAACAAUCUGUAUUCACUGCACCCAUGGGCAUUAGCCAGCCUGUAGGCAAAGUGUUUGUGGAAAAAAGCAGGCGAUUCCAGGCUGCUGAUCGUUCAGAGUUGAUUAAGACCACAGAAAAGAUCGAUGUGUCAAUGGACAUGAAACCUUCCUGGACGACCAGAGAUGUUGCACUGUCGGUGCAUCGGGCUUUCCGGAUGAUUGGUGUCUUCUCCCAUGGCUUCCUGGCUGGCUGUGCUGUGUGGAACAUUGUUGUGAUCUAUGUUCUGGCAGGAGAUGAGCUUUCUGACCUCUCAAACCUUCUGCAACAAUACAAGACAUUAGCAUAUCCAUUCCAGAGUCUUCUCUACUUGCUUUUGGCUCUGAGUACAGUUUCAGCCUUUGACAGGAUUGACUUUGCUAAAACGUCAGUAGCAAUCCGAAAUUUUCUUGCUCUGGAUCCAAGAGCUUUAGCAUCUUUCUUGUACUUUACUGCUCUUACAUUAUCUCUGAGUCAACAAAUGACAAGUGACAGAAUCCACCUUUACACACCUUCUUCUGUUAACGGCAGCCUCUGGGCAGAAGGAAUUGAGGAGCAGGUUCUCCAGCCAUGGAUUGUGGUGAAUCUGGUGGUGGCCCUUCUGGUUGGGUUAUCAUGGCUUUUUUUGUCUUACAGGCCAGGCAUGGAUCUCAGUGAAGAGUUGAUGUUCUCCUCAGAUGUGGAAGAAUAUCCUGAUAAAGGAAUCAAAGCCUCUUCAUAG